UCUCAUCGGGGGCUGUUUGCUCAUACAUCUGAUCCUGGAACGGUUGCGGAGGUGGGGAAAGAAGCCAAAGAGGCAAGACGCUGACAAGUCGAGAAGCCACUUGUUGUUGCCGAGCAGCGGUCGUCGGCUUCAUUCGUCACCUCUCCGCUGCCUCCAGGAAGUUGAAUGUCUGCAUCAUCGUUGUCUCCAUGGCCAUGUCCACACAUCAUCAUCAUCUUCUUGACGUCCUUACCACACCUUUUUGCAGACGCCAAUGCGCUCCCUAUCCGUAUGGGCAACUGCACCCACCCACUAGUGCCGGAGCACGGGGGCUUCCGCUGUGAGCCAUCCCCCUGCCGAGGUUUCCCCCACAGGAGCUCCGUACACCUGUUCUGUGAGGACGGCUAUCACACAGCCAAAUCUCCCGUCUCCUGGUGCCAUCACGGAGCUUGGAAGCCCCCCAUUCCCGCAUGCAUCCGCAUCAGAGGGGGUGCUCGUGUCAACGAGGGUGGAGAAAACAUUGGCGUGCCCAAUAUGGCCACGACGGCUGUGAGCGUGUCCAUUUUUUUGCUCACCACCACUGCAUGCCUUGUGGUCAAGUCCCGCCUCUGCCCCUGUCAAUCACACAGGUCACAUGACGUGUCUCCCGCCAGGCGUCGGUCUUCGGACCAACUGGACCUGAUGGCCGCGGUACAUCCUGUCUCGCUACCGUCCUACGAGGAGGCAAUGUAUAGCAGCUGGGGCCAGCCCCUCGCUUCCUCCCGCUCGCCAAACCCGGGACCCACCCAGCUCCUGCUGGCCCAGGAGCCGCGAGGCGAUCAAACCAGCCCUGACAAUUCCCCGCCCCCUUACGAGGAGGUCCAAUCACGAAGGAGUGACAACCGACAGCUACGCGUUUCUCUGUCGGAUGACAAAGAUGUUUGAAGGACAAACUAUGAGGUGGUUUUCGAUUGACAGCUAAUGGAUGUGAUGACUUGGCACUUUGUUCCGCUCUUGUAUUAGGUCAGAUGCAGCUGGCUGACCAAAGCUCAUUGACCAGUUUGCACUCAUCUGACCUAUGUUGUACUGUACGUGUGUGUGUGUGUGUGUGUUAGUGAGUGAGUGUGAUCACGCUGUUAUAGAAACCUGUGUUUUCAUAGCAACCAACCUGGAUUUAUCAUAUUAUUUCAAACAAGUUAUAUUGCCGAAUUCAUUUGAAGGGCAAUGGAAGCUCUCAAGCCCAACGUGAAAUUCAAUUAAUUAAAUUAACCCCGACUUGAAACCCAAAAUUUUAACCCUUCUCUUGAACCAGCCAAGCCUUGAAAUAGUUACUUGAAACCCUAACCCAGACUUAAAACCCUAAUUUAACUCUAGGUUUUUAAGACCUAACCGUUUUGAGACGCAAAUUUGCAACCAGCUACACCUAACUCAAUUUCAGCUUAACUUUGAAACCUGAAUUCAUGCCUGCUUGGAAUCUGAAUUUAAAACUGCAACCCAGGCUUGUGACUUGAGAGUUUCUACUGUAUCCACACACAGAAUAUUUGAAUGGAUUUAUGAGAUUAUAUUUAUAUGAGGUAGAUCAACUUGCACACUGAAUGUAUUUUUCUCUUUAAUGCCAUACUGUAAAUUAUAUCGACAUACUUGAUGAA